AUGUCUCAACUCUGGAAAGCUCCCCCUGCCCCUCCGACGCCGCUUGGUUGUUAUCGUGUUUUGUCCUCACUCGCAGGUAUUCGUGUAUCGCCACUACAACUUGGAGCAAUGAGCAUUGGCGACAAGUGGGCCAAUUUCGGAAUGGGAUCCAUGGACAAGGAGUCAUCUUUCAGGCUUCUUGAUGCUUAUUAUGAUGCUGGCGGAAACUUCAUCGAUACUGCUAGCAAUUACCAGGAUGGAACUUCCGAAAUGUUCAUCGGAGAAUGGGCAGAAAUGCGCGGCAUUCGCGACCAGCUCGUUAUCGCAACGAAGUACACAAAUGACUUCAAACGCGGUGACGAUCGUGUGAAAGUCAAGGCGAACUACGCAGGGAAUAAUGCUAAAAGCCUCAAGAUCAGCGUCGAGGCGAGUCUCGAAAAGCUUCGUACGUCUUACAUCGAUAUUUUGUACGUCCAUUGGUGGGACUACCAGACGUCGAUGGAAGAAGUCAUGGACAAUCUUCACCACCUCGUUGCAGCUGGGAGAGUACUCUAUCUGGGUGCUUCUGACAUGCCCGCAUGGGUUGUCGCAGCGGCAAACCAGUACGCAAAAUGCACUGGAAAGACACCGUUUGUAAUUUACCAGGGAGCGUGGAACGUCAUGGAGCGUAGUUUUGAGCGGGAGAUUAUUCCUAUGGCUCGGGCUAAUGGCCUUGCACUUGCGCCAUGGAAUGUACUUGCAGGUGGUCGGCUACGUAGUGACUCCGAGGAACAGAGGAGAUUGGAAUCCGGUGAGAAGGGUCGUACAAUCACGCAGUCAGAAUGGAUGCGCAACGAGAAUGAGAAGAAGAUGAGUGCGGCACUUGAGAAAAAAACUCCAUAUGUUUUCCCAAUCAUCGGUGGACGCAAGGUCGAGCACCUGAUGGCAAACAUAGAAGCGUUGAAGAUUUCGCUCUCGGACGAGCAGAUUCACUACCUUGAGAGUGCAAUUCCCUUUGAUCCCGGGUUCCCGGUUUCACAUAUCGGGGAUGGGACGCCCAAUAGAAAGAAGACGUCAUACGAGUCUGUCGCAGCAUGGGAUCGUUGGCCAAUCAGUCAACCGAUUAAACCUUCUCUUACUACAUGA